AUGACUACAGUCAUAGUUAUCCCUGGAAGUCUGAAAAACUUUUCUGGCUUGCUCAUUUUAAAUUCUGAAACACUGAGAUUUCUUAUUGCAAAGUACCCUCUCAGGUUAGCAGAAUUAGAUUCCUUUUUCUCAGGUAGUCCUCAGACAGUUCAUCAAGUUCACCUGAAUCCAGGAAAUUCUGAUGGCAAUACUUACCAGACUUUUCAGCAGAUGAAAAAUGCAAUGGAAAAAGAGAUUAAGAGUGAGAGAACAAGAGGAAAUGGUAGAGAGUUAGCAUUCACCCUCAUGCCCUUGUAUGCUCUUGGAGUGGGUGUGUUUGCAGCAUACAAAUUUCUUAAGGUGAAGUCACAUGAAGAAAGUCUCUCUAAAAAGGAAAAAAGUACAGAAGACAAGGCAAAGGAAACGGAGCAUCAGCUUUUAGAACUGGAGCAGCAUCUAGCACAAACAGAGAAAAUGUUAAAUUCUUUAUUGACUCAGUUGGAUCCGCUGUCAAACUGUGUUAAUGCUUUAGCUUGUGAGCAGAAAGAUGAAAUAAUGACACAGCUCCAAUCAAUUAGACGCCUGAUGAAAGAAAGUGGAUUAGAUAAAUCGGAAAACAAAAUGAAAGAUGUCAGCCACAUUUGUAAUGAGAAACUUGAAGAUCUCAUUCAGUCAUUUGCUGAACAUUCUCAAGAGAAAGAAAUGGACGACAGAGAAGAUGACAGUAACGAAGUUUUGCUUCAGGAUGUUGAUAAUGAUUACAAAAUAGAGGAGGACGAGUUAUGUGGUGAAUGUGAAAUACAUCAGUUUGAGCCAGAUGUGGUAGAAGACCAAGAAAUUAUAACCAAAGAUGCCAAUGAAUCAGAAGAAACAGGAUUGAGGAGACGUAGUAGAUACGAAUGAAAUCUGCAUAUGUAAAGCUUUCAAAACUUUAUGAUUUUUUUUAUAAUGUUGUAUGCACUUUAAACUGUUUUGAAUGAAGUUAUGUGCACUGCUAUAUGCUUUAAAAAGAGGG